GGAAAACAACAGCGCAGUUUGUUUAAUUAACGCAUUAAAGAUAAGUUUGACGCAAUGUUGAUUUUAUUUAUAGUUUGCGUUUUUUCAGUCCUAUUAAUACUUAAAUAUGUCUUCGGUGGUUCAGAGCCGAACCCUUUUGGGAAGGACUGCCGAGAACCGCUGAAAGAGAAAGUUUACGACAAGAAAGAGAAAAAUAAAGUGUUGAAGCAAGGUUUCCUGGCCGGUAAGGUACCAGACAACCUGGAUGCAGUGAUCAUUGGCAGUGGUGUGGGUGGACUCGGGCUGGCUGUGCUGCUGGCCAAAGUUGGAAAGAAGGUUCUGGUUCUGGAGCAGCAUGAUCGGGCUGGGGGAUGCUGCCACACGUUCACAGAGAAGGGCUUUGAGUUUGAUGUCGGAAUCCACUACGUCGGUGAACUGUCGGAACACACUCCUCUCCGCUGCAUGCUGGACCAGAUGACCAAUGGGCAGCUGGAGUGGGAGCCUCUGGAGGACGCAUACGACCACGUCAUUCUGGGACCUCCUGAAAACCGGCGCUCCUACCCCAUCUACAGCGGCAGCGCUCGCUUCCCUGCGGAGCUAAAGAGGCGUUUUCCUGGAGAGGAGAAUGCCAUUGAUGAGUUCAUGAGGCUGGUGAAGAAAACUGAGUUUGGCGCAUGGCUCCUUGCUGUGCUCAAACUCUGCCCCUUACCUUUGGCUAAGUUUGUGAUCCACACCGGCCUCGCCAAACAUCUCUCUUUCUUCUUUAAAAUGGCGCCACGCAGCCUGACAGAGGUGGUCAAUGGGCUGACUGAGAACAAGGAGCUGAGGGCUGUUUUUACCUACAUCUUUGGCACCUAUGGUAAAAGGCCAAAAGAUGCCAGCUUCGCCAUGCACAGUAUACUGAUCACUCACUACCUAAGCGGCGCCUGGUAUCCAAAGGGUGGCAGCAGUGAGAUCGCCUACCACAUGAUCCCAAUCAUUGAAAAGGCAGGGGGCGCUGUUCUGGUUCGAGCUCCAGUCAACCGUAUCUUGUUCAACAAUAAGAACGAAACUUGUGGUGUGAGCGUGUUAAAAGGUCAGGAGGAGGUGCAUGUUCAUGCACCUAUGGUCAUUUCUAAUGCUGGUAUCUUCAAUACCUACGAAAAGCUACUGCCUAAGGAGCUCCGGGCCAUGCCAGACGUCCAGAAGCAGCUCAGUAUGGUGAAGCACGGUGAAGGAGGACUGAGCAUCUUUGUGGGUUUAAAUGGAACCAAGGAGGAGCUGGGCCUGAAAGCCAAAAACUACUGGAUCUUUGCUGAAAACAAUUUUGAUGAACUGAUGGAUAAAUAUAUGAAUGAAGGGAGGGAAGAGGCUUCUAAAAAAAUCCCUCUGCUGUUUGUUGGCUCCCCUUCAGCCAAAGAUCCAUCAUGGGAGGAGAGAUCGCCAGGGAAGUCGACUUUGAGCCUGGUCAGUUUUGCCAAAUACUCCUGGUUCGAGGAGUGGAAGGACGGCAAAGUGACAAACAGAGGAGACGAUUACAAAGAGCUGAAACAGGCGUUCAUUGACUCCGCCCUGAAUGUGGUGAUGGACGUUUUUCCCAAGAUCACUAGAGACAAGAUUGAGUACAUUGAUGCUGGAACCCCCAUCACUAACACACACUACAUUGGAGCCCCUGAAGGAGAGUUCUACGGAGUGGACCACGGCAUGAGCCGGUUCAGCCCUGAAGUCAGCGCUGCAAUAAGACCUCAGACUCCUCUGAAGAACCUGUACCUGACAGGUCAGGAUGUGUUUUUGUGCGGUUUCACCGGCGCCCUUCUCGGAGCUAUUACCUGUGGCUCGGUUAUUCUCAACCGCAACCUUCAUGUGGAUAGCUUCCUCCUGGCAAUGAAGACAAAAUAUAUUAACAAGAAGCUAAAAGACAAGUAGCUGAUUUUGUUUACUGAAAUCCAAAAUACUGUAACACCACAGCAUAUGAUGCAGAACUAAAUGGGC